AUGUCGUCCCCGGCGUCGACCCCCAGCCGCCGCAGCGGCCGGCGCGGACGGAGCACCCCGGCGCAGACGCCCCGGAGCGACGAUGCCCGGUCCCCGGCGUCGCAGCAGCGGCGGCGCGGCGAGGACUCGACGUCGACGGGCGAGCUGCAGCCCAUGCCCACGUCGCCCGGCGCCGAGCUGCAGAGCCCCGCGCCCGCGGACGCCAUGUUCUCCAGCCCCCCGCAGAUGCACGUGCCAGCCCUGCCCGACUUCGACAUCAGCUCGCCCCUGACCUACGGCACGCCCAGCUCGCGCGUGGAGGGCACCCCGAGGAGCGGCGUCCGGGGCACCCCCGUGAGGCAGAGGCCGGACCUGGGCUCCUCCCGGAAGGGGCUGCAGGUGGACCUGCAGUCGGACGGCCCAGCCGCCGAGGACGCCGUGGCCAGCGAGCAGUCCCUGGGCCAGAAGCUCGUGAUCUGGGGGACGGAUGUGAACGUGGCGACGUGCAAGGAGAGUUUCCAGAGAUUCAUUCAACGUUUUAUCGACCCUCUGGCUAAAGAAGAAGAAGAUGGGGGCAUCGAUAUUACUGAGCCCGUGUAUAUGCAGCGGCUUGCAGAGAUUAAUGUUACUGGGGAGCCGUUUUUAAACGUAAACAGUGAACACAUAAACUCGUUUGACAAAAAUCUAUACAGGCAGCUCAUCUGCUACCCUCAGGAAGUUAUUCCAACUUUUGACAUGGCUGUCAAUGAAAUAUUCUUUGAUCGCUACCCUGACUCAAUCUUAGAACAUCAGAUUCAAGUAAGACCUUUCAACGCAUUAAAGACUAGGAAUAUGCGGAAUUUGAAUCCAGAAGACAUCGACCAGCUCAUCACCAUUAGUGGCAUGGUGAUCAGGACAUCCCAGCUGAUUCCAGAGAUGCAGGAGGCCUUCUUCCAGUGCCAGGUGUGCAUGUACACAACCCGGGUGGAAAUUGACCGAGGUCGCAUUGCUGAGCCCUGCACCUGCGAGCAUUGCCACACCACCCACAGUAUGGCACUCAUUCACAACCGCUCUCUGUUCUCCGACAAGCAGAUGAUCAAACUUCAAGAGUCUCCUGAAGAUAUGCCUGCAGGGCAAACCCCUCAUACUGUGGUACUUUUUGCUCACAAUGAUCUUGUCGACAAGGUUCAGCCUGGGGACAGAGUGAAUGUUACAGGCAUCUAUCGAGCUGUUCCUAUUCGACUCAAUCCAAGAGUGAGUAAUGUGAAGUCUGUCUACAAAACCCACAUGGACGUCAUUCAUUAUCAAAAAACGGAUGCAAAACGUCUGCAUGGCCUGGAUGAAGAGGCAGAACAGAAACUCUUCUCGGAGAAACGUGUGGAAUUGCUUAAGGAACUUUCCAGGAAACCAGAUAUUUAUGAGAGACUUGCUUCAGCCUUGGCUCCAAGCAUUUAUGAACAUGAAGAUAUAAAGAAGGGAAUCUUGCUUCAGCUCUUUGGUGGAACAAGAAAGGAUUUUAGCCACACGGGAAGGGGCAAAUUUCGUGCUGAGAUCAAUAUCCUGCUGUGUGGUGACCCUGGGACCAGCAAGUCCCAGCUGCUGCAGUAUGUGUACAACCUGGUCCCCAGGGGUCAGUACACAUCAGGGAAGGGCUCCAGUGCAGUCGGCCUCACCGCAUACGUAAUGAAAGACCCUGAAACAAGACAGCUGGUCCUGCAGACCGGUGCCCUGGUCCUGAGUGACAAUGGAAUCUGCUGUAUUGAUGAGUUUGACAAGAUGAAUGAAAGCACGAGAUCGGUACUGCAUGAAGUCAUGGAACAGCAGACUCUUUCUAUUGCAAAGGCUGGGAUUAUUUGUCAACUUAAUGCACGCACGUCUGUCCUGGCAGCAGCAAAUCCUAUCGAGUCUCAGUGGAAUCCAAAAAAAACCACCAUUGAAAACAUUCAGUUGCCUCACACAUUGUUGUCAAGGUUUGAUUUGAUCUUCCUCAUGCUAGACCCUCAGGAUGAAGCCUAUGACAGGCGCCUAGCUCACCACCUUGUGGCCUUGUACUACCAGAGCAAGGAGCAGAUGGAGGAGGAGUUCAUGGACAUGGCUGUGCUUAAGGACUAUAUUGCUUAUGCCCACAGCACCAUCAUGCCUCGACUGAGUCAGGAUGCCAGCCAGGCUCUCAUUGAGGCAUAUGUAGACAUGAGGAAGAUUGGAAGUAGCCGGGGCAUGGUUUCCGCGUACCCCCGACAGCUGGAAUCAUUGAUUCGCUUGGCAGAGGCCCAUGCCAAAGUAAGGUUUUCAAACAAAGUCGAAGCAAUUGAUGUUGAAGAAGCCAAGCGCCUGCACCGGGAAGCUCUGAAGCAGUCUGCAACUGACCCUCGGACAGGCAUUGUGGACAUAUCGAUUCUCACCACAGGAAUGAGUGCCACAUCUCGAAAACGGAAAGAAGAGUUAGCAGAAGCAUUGAAAAAGCUGAUUUUAUCUAAGGGCAAAACACCAGCUCUGAAAUACCAACAACUUUUUGAAGAUUUUAGGGGACAGUCUGAUACAGCUAUUACCAAAGAUAUGUUUGAAGAAGCACUUCGUGCCUUGGCUGAUGAUGACUUCUUGACAGUGACUGGGAAAACUGUUCGCUUGCUCUGAGGCCCUUGUCAGCAGUCCUGUGUUCUGCUUGUCUCUUGUUGGCGCGGCAUACUUGCAUACAUAUGCAACAUCAGUCAGUUCUUAACAUCACUUUUUAGCUCCAAAAAAUGUCCUAGCCUGAAUUCAUUUUUCAUAGGAAACUAUUUUUGUUUUGCAAACACUUUAAGUGAAAAUGUUGUGCCAAUUUACAGAAACAUAGAACAAAUACAAUUCUAGCAAAAGGGCUUCUAAUCUGUAUAUAAACACAAUUAGCUUAAUGUCAGUCUUUUUGGAAGGUGGCUGACUCAGUUAAAGUUUUUAUGCUAGGUUUUGUAAUGCACUCACCCGUGUUCUUGAAACUACAAUUAUGAUAGAAGCCUCACUCUAUGGGCAUAUCAGUCUAUGCUAUUUAAUGAGGGACCACAGUCUUAGUCCCAGUUGCAACUUCAAAGUGUUAUUCCUUCCAAAUGCUUGAUCUCGCAAUUCCUAUAGGAAAAAAUGUAUACUUGAGAGUAAUUAGGUAAG